CAAUUUUCCAUUGCAAACCCCUGUUUCUAUGCCUCUGUAGUAAUCGGUUGCUUUCGAUAGCUGAAACACCCCCAAACCAGAACGCAGCUCAGCCCAGGGAACCGUCUCCAAUGCUUCUCAAGGCUUGUUUGAUAAGCUGUUUGUUUAGCAACGAUUAGUUACCAGUUUUUAAUUAAAAUAGCCCCACAAUCUUAUUUGUAUAAUGUCCUAGAUUUUGCUUCGCAUUGCCGCGUUAAUUGAUUGUUUGAAGUUUUGGUUCUGGAACGGAUCGGAUUGGAUUGGAUAUUUCAUGGAUUUGCAUGGGCUCUCACCUAUCGACUGAAUCAGACAGCCCGACGUCGGACGAAAAUAGCCACAUUUGUGGGUGGCCAGGUGGGUGGUGCUUGGAGCUGGGUGCUCUGCUCUCCUGAAAAACUUGGAGGGAAAACGCUAGACCCGCCGACGUCGAAAAAGCAAUAAACAAGGCUCUGACAAGAUGAAAAUCCAUUUUCGUGAACAAUACGGCACCAAGGGUGAGGAAAUCCUUUAUGUGACACCAGCAGAUCAGACCAACAUUGUGAGAGUUCCGCUACGUGGCGAAAAGUUGGUCAUCCAGGAGAAAUUCCUGCUAUUUCGCGUUCUUCAAAAGAUCUUCCUCCCUAAAGGGUACCCGGAUAGCGUGAGCGAUGACUAUGCCGCCUACCAGAUCUGGGACACGGCUCAGGCCUUCUGCAGCACGAUCUGCGGCACCUUGUGCACCCAUGCCAUUCUGAAAGGGAUUGGAGUGGGCAGUGAGAACAUUAAUGCCUACUCAGCCACGGUCACCUGGAUUUUGAAGGAAGGGAGCGGACAUGUAGGGCGAAUAUUCUUUGCCUGGUGGCAGGGCUCCCAGCUGGACGUGGACUCGAAAAAGUGGCGCCUGAGAGCAGAUUUUCUGAAUGACCUAGCCAUGGGCAUCGAAAUCUAUGUGCUUCCCAAGUACCCCCAUUUGAGUACCCAAAUCCUAUGCGGAUCUACGCUGCUUAAGGCGAUUGUCGGUGUGGCAGGAGGAGCCACAAGAGCGGCCCUGACGCAACACCAUGCAGUGAGGGGAAACCUGGCGGACGUGGCCUCCAAGGAUAGCUCGCAGGAGACGUGUGUCAACCUGGUGGCCUCGUUCGUGGGCCUGUAUCUGCUAUCGCUCAUCAAAAGCCAAGCAGUGCUCUAUACCAUCUUCUAUGUCGUGGUCAGCCUGCAUCUCUACUCAAAUCUCAAGGCAGUGCGAGCUGUUUGUCUGCGGACCUUCAACGAAUCGCGCUAUCUAAUUGCCUUGGAGGAGUUCUUCCGAUCGUCGAGGAUGCUUAGUCCCCAGCAGGUUAACGCCAUGGAGCGGGUCACAAUUGGACAGACGGUGUCUGUGUCGCUGAACAUAAAGCUGGGCCUAAGCGUGAAAAAUCUGAUCGACGAGUACAAGAGCAGCAGCGUCAUCGACAACAUUGUGUCGUCCUUCGAUCCCCACGAGCACUUUAUCAUAGCGGAGGGCAAGAAAUGCCUGGGGGUCUAUCUGCACUUUGACACGCGGCCCCUGGACGUGCUCAAGGCGUACUUCUUCGCAGUGUCCUAUCUGCAGGACAGGAGUCAGAUCAAGGAUAAUUACUGGGACAUUCAGAGCAAGUGGCAGGAAUUCAUGGCACUGGCACAGAAAGAAGGUUGGAUCAUCCAUCAUCAUUUGCUGCUGGUGGACGAGUUCCGUUUGGACUGGAAGAUGUAAGAAGAUUUAGUUUGGUGGCUUCUCCCGACUUUGAUCUGAGUUGCUUGCUUUGACCUGAAAUGUUGAUUUCGGAUUCAUACGGACUUCAUUAUCAUUAUCACAUAUCUCACAUUGCAAAGAGCGGAAAUGAAAAAUUGAUAUUGACUAAGUGCUAUUGAUAUUUAAUUAGAUUUAGCUUUGUGAAACUCGUUCGCACGUGAACAUCUUCCAACUAACUCUGCCUUAGCACAAAGUAACGUUUGUAACCCCCAUAUUUGAUAGGAUAUUUUAUCUCCGGCUUUUAACCAUGAAUUUACCAAAUGAUAUUAUUUUAAUCGCUAGACGCUACUAGUGCUCACUAGUGUGGAAAUCGAAAAAGAAUGCAUGAAUCUAUUUUGUAAGGACUUAUUGUACGUACGUAUUUCGAUAUUUCGAGAACUUGCUAUACGUUUUUCAAUAAUCCACGCCAGAAACCGCACAACGAACUACAGAAACCCGCUUCUCGAAAACAAAAUGUACAAACAUUUAAUGCUUUUUUUAUGCUGAACGUGCAAUACUAAGUUAAUUAUUAGCUUCGAA